UAUACGGCCCACUUCUGCCUGCGUUCGUAAGGAUUAGAUUGUAAGGAACGAGAAUCGCUGUGAACAGUGAAACACUCCAUUAAUGGCGGAACCAAAACCAGAGCGAAUUGACUCCUUGUCGGAGAAAAAUGUAAAAGCACCCAAUCCAAUCCAAAGAGCAAAGGAAGAGAUUGAAGCAAUCGUGCAUACUAAAAAGAGAUCACCGCACCAUCACAAGGAAACUCAUGGUAAAAGUGAUGACAUUGAUGAGAACACCCCAAUAAGUGAAGUCAAAGGUCCAAGUGUAUUUCAACGGGCUAAGGAAGAGAUCGAGGCCAUCGUAGAUGCUGUUCACCCAAAGAAAGAAUCUGAUCACCACAGUAGUACCUCGAAGAAGGAAGGUGGAUUCUGGGCAUCCUUGGGAAGAAGCUUUGAGAAAUUCUGCUGUCCAUGGAGUAAGAAAAUGAAUUAAAAAUACAUUUAAGGAGGUUCGAUUGCUUCAGCUUCUAUUUAAUUGGUGACAAUGUAACUUUCUUUACGGCACAAAACAUUAUUGCAAUUUGUUUGAUGAGUGUAAUUACUUCUUUGUGCUCAUAUUUUUUUCUUGUUUGUCAAAAAUUGUUAAAAGGUGGGUUGUAUUGUAUCUCUUUAUUUGUAUAUUGUUGGUUCUGUCUUUGUUCAAGAAUUUAUACCCGACUUGAUUCAACCAAGUUCUACAUUUGAGUCAUUGUUUAUGCUCUGGGGAA